AUGACGCGACCUCAGAUCUUGUUUCUCGAUGCUUACGAUUCCUUCACCAACAACAUUGUCUCUCUGCUGACGACUUUGCUUGAUGCCGAUGUGCACGUUUUGCCGAUUGAUACGCCACUGUUAGAUCACAGCUCGCCGACUUUUUCUGAUGAUCUUCACCAGGAAUUAUCUCGCUACCAUGCAGUAGUCUGCGGGCCGGGACCAGGCUCCGCAGAAGUUGAGAAGGAUGUUGGACUGAUGAGAUGUAUCUGGAAGUUGCAAAACGAACAUAUUCUGCCGGUGUUAGGAAUUUGCCUCGGAUUCCAGAGUCUUGUUCUAAGUGCUGGAGGAAGAGUAAGAAGACUGCGGCGCGGACUGCAUGGGAUGGUUCGUCCCAUUCAACAUGACAAGCCUCACCCGACUUGCGCAGGAGACCUUUUCAAAGGUGUCCCUGAGUUCAAAGCGACACUUUAUCAUAGCCUCUGCGCCGACAUCGGCCAGGACUUGAUAUCAGACGCCGACUGGGAAAGUAGGCGAUGGGAUGCCCUCGAUUCGGCUCCGGAGUUGACACCCCUGGCCUGGGUCGACGAGGAACGAGAUGUCGGAAAUGAGAGGAUUCUCAUGGCAGUGAAGCAUCGGAGCAAACCAUUCUGGGGUCUUCAAUACCACCCUGAAUCUGUAUGCACUCAGCCUGCAGGCCAUGCGGUCAUCCGGAACUGGCUUCGUGAAGCCAUGGAAUGGAACUUGAAGGCGAGGAGGGCAGUGCACACCGAAGAACGGGUUCUGGCGAGGAACGCUGUGAAGCCAAGUUUGCUCUCUGAGAUUCGGUCCGCAGCCCAAGGAGGUCAUGCACCUGUCCUCGCCUGGGCAGAGAUGCCGACGUCACUGGCGACUGUGGGAUUGGACUGCGACUACAGCUACAAGACCAUCGAACUCCCGGCGAACAUCAAGGUACCGGAUGUCGUGGAGAUAUUGAGGAGUGGAAGGACUGAGCACAUCAUUUUGGAUUCAUCUAACUCGAGCACGAUGGCGACGGGCGCUGCAGAUGUGCGUGGGAGAUUCAGUAUCAUCGCCCUCGACGUUGAGGAGUCUUUGAGGAUUGAACACCAUGUCGGAGAUGAUUUUGCCACGGCUCACGUACCGUCGAUUCAAGGACUGCCCGUCAACCUGGAGGAAACCAUCCCAUUCGGACCUCAGGAGAAUAUCUGGCAUUUGCUAUCCACUUUCCUCGAGAAGCGACGGAUCCCUGCUUCGGAGGUUGUUGAGACGCCUUUCCGAGGUGGUUUCAUGGGCUACCUCACCUAUGAAAUGGGACUGAAAGGAAUUGAUGUGAACGUGGCUAUGGAUCGGGGACAUCGGAGGCCUGACCUGUGCUUUGCUUGGAUUACCAAGAGCAUCGUUGUGGACCACGUCAAGGGCCUCCUGCACGUUCAGCAUCUCCAAAAGCGCAAACUCAAUGCAGACUUUUGGAUUGAUUCUGUCGUAGCAUCGCUACAAACGUCUCACCUAUGGCAGCCCGGAAAGGCAGCCGUCAACGGACGGCAUAUCGACCCCAUGACUGUUGCAACACGACCUGUCAUCCAAGUGCCCGAUGCCGCCGAAUAUGAAGCGAAGGUUUCCCGCUGCCAGGAUUACAUUGCGGCUGGCGAAUCUUACGAACUCUGCCUGACGGAUCAGACCACCAUCACUUUGCCGGGACGUCCCUCCGCCGAACCUUACACGAACCGCAUCAACGGACAAGCCAAUCAAAAGUCCGCCUACGUGGCGCCAUGGAAGCUGUACAAGACUCUCCGGACUCGUCAACCGGCUCCCUUUGGAUCGUUCGUCCGCCUCGGCGGCGCCACACUCAUCAGCAGCUCACCCGAGAGGUUCCUCGAGUACGAUGCCAACGGGUUCUGCUCCAUGCGGCCAAUGAAGGGAACUGUCCGCAAAUCGAACGACGUCGCGACGCUGGCGCAGGCGGAGGAGAUCUUGCACGUCCCCAAGGAAGAGGCGGAGAACCUCAUGAUUGUCGACCUUGUGCGACACGACCUCCACGGCGUGUGCGGUUCCGGGAACGUGGAGGUGCCGCACCUGAUGAAGGUUGAGGAGUACGCGACCGUCUUCCAGAUGAUCACCAUUGUCAACGGGCAGCUUCCCGGCCCGACUGCGGCGGAAGAUCGGUAUACUGGUCUUGAUCUGCUCGCAGCUAGUCUCCCGCCGGGUAGCAUGACGGGCGCGCCGAAGAAGCGGAGCUGCGAGCUGUUGCAGGAGAUCGAGGAGCAUCGGGAGAGGAGCUUGUACUCGGGCGUGGUGGGGUACAUGGAUGUCACCGGCAAGGGGGAUUGGAGCGUGACGAUCCGGACCAUGUUCAAGUGGGACGAUGAAGUUGCGCCGUCCGAGGAGGGCGAUUCCGAUUCCGAGCCGCGAGAGGUCUGGCAUAUCGGCGCCGGCGGUGCAGUGACGAUUCUGAGCACGGCGGAGGGCGAGAGGGAGGAGAUGUUCACCAAGCUAGCAGGGCCAUUAGGGGUCUUUGCGCAGGCUUGA